AUGUUUUCUGGCGAAGAACCUUCUUCAUCAAAGGUUGUUUUUGGUACAAGUUUUCUCAAUCGGCCUAUAUUUCCUAGUGAUAUACCGCAUGAUUAUUUUGGAAAUGCUCGGACGCCAUACGGUGGCGUAUCAAAUCUUGGACCAAGUUCAUACGAUAAUGAGGAAAAGACAACAUUUCGCUAUGUGCUUGAACAUCAACCGAUGAGUCGUCGUGGUUAUACUGUCAAUGCACGUACAGAAAAACGAGAAGUUUUUGUACCGAAGACUGACGUUCCAAGCCCAGAGACGUAUCAGAUGGAUUUAAAUAAAAUACCAGAAACAAAAAGAGCAUUCAGACCAUUUAAUUCUUCGUGCGACAGAUUUCCAACAGUUUUCAAAAGCACUAAUAUUCCAGGACCCGGUAGUUAUGAAUCUGACGUCAAACAGAAUCGUCAAGUACAUAUGCUUCAUAGUUUUGGUGGUCGAACUAAAUUAAUACCAGCAGUUAAAACUAAAUGUAUGCCAUUGAAUAAGGAUAAGUGUGUAAUUUGUCUUACACAACCUAUCGGUGAUUAUUAUCAAUAUCGAAAUGAAGUUUUAUGCGCCGAUUGUUUUAAUUUUAAUUGGCAAUGGCAAGAAAAAUUUAAAAGAACAUAUCUUCAAGCAUUCCAAAAGGUUCGUGAUUGUUCGCAUAUGCAUCAACAUGCCGGUACUGGUGCUAGAAUUCAGCUUGUCGACGAUCGAGUUAUGAAAAAACUCCAACGUAAAGAAGCUUAUCUCAGUCUUUAUUGGCCAUGA